GCCACACUUGCCCACCGAUCGCGACUUUGUUUGUGUUAAAAAUGACGCGCAUCUCGUUUUGUUCUUGUAAUAUUGCUCACGGUUUAUAAAAUAGUCAAACGGAAAAACUCUACCCGGUCGAAUUAUUAUACGCGUGUUCUUGGUUAGCACAUUUGCUUAAUUUUUGAAAGAACAGUGAACAGCGAGAAACAGUGCGGGCGUUCCUUCACAUACAAAUACAAACAAAACUUGUGAAUGUAGGUGUGUACAAAAAAUAACUCAAGCAUUUACUCGGCCACCGCCUUAACUGUACAAACGGAAAUAAAUAAAGUUUUGAUUAAAUACGGCCGCAAUAAAAUAUAAAUAUCUAUUCAGCACAAGCAACCCACCACAAAAUUGUAAUCAAUCAUGUUAAAGUUUAUCCGAGGAAAAGGCCAGCAGCCCAGUGCCGAGAGACAACGCCUACAGAAGGACCUAUUUGCUUAUCGUAAGACGGCACAGCAUGGCUUUCCUCAUAAGCCUUCGGCUCUUGCGUAUGAUCCAGUUUUAAAAUUAAUGGCAAUAGGAACGCAAUCAGGGGCUUUAAAGGUUUUCGGUCAACCCGGAGUUGAGUUGUACGGACAGCAUACCUUGGUGAACAAUUCUGCAUCGGAGCUUAAUGUACAGUUACUUGAAUGGGUUUAUGGAACUGGUCGCAUACUUUCCUUGACGGCGGCGAAUCAAUUAAUUCUAUGGGAGCCCGUUGGAACCACAUUGCUGCCAAUCAAAACACUACCAUUUGACGGAAAACUUAAAAAAGUUUCAUCGCUGUGCUGUUCUUCCAGUAAGGAUCUGCUAUGGAUUGGAACUGAAGGUGGCAACAUCUAUCAACUUGAUUUACACACAUUUACCAUCAAGGAGCCUGUAAUUUACCAUGACGUCGUGUUAGAGCAGGUGCCACCGGCCUACAAGCUAAACCCUGGUGCAAUUGAGUCAAUCCGCCAGCUUCCAAACUCCCCUAGCAAACUGCUUGUUGCAUACAAUCGCGGCCUGUGUGUUUUAUGGGACUUUGAAACCGCCUCUGUCGAGCGAGCAUACAUAGCUCCUGGACAUGGGCAGAGUGUUGGUCUUUCAGUGAAUUUCGGAGGAUCUGAAUUUAGCUGGUAUCAUGCUGAUGGUUCGUAUGCCACUUGGAGCAUCGAUAACCCAGAACCACCAUCGAAUGUUAAUUACGUGCCUUAUGGACCUGAUCCAUGUAAGAGCAUAAACCGACUGUACAAAGGCAAGCGAAGAUCCAACGAUGUAAUUGUUUUUUCCGGCGGCAUGCCCCGUUCAGCAUAUGGUGAUCACAAUUGUGUGUCAGUUCACGUCAGCGAUGGACAAAAAGUGUGUCUUGACUUUACGUCUAAAGUGAUUGACUUUUUUGUAACCUUUAAAGACAAUAGUGACGUCGCUGAAGUUCUUGUUGUACUUCUUGAAGAGGAACUCUGCGCCUACGAUCUUACUGACUCCAAUAUUUCUGCUAUAAAAGCGCCUUAUCUUCACUCUGUACAUGCAUCAGCUGUUACCUGCAAUUACCUUGCUUCUCAGGUCAUACAGCCAGUAUAUGAAAGCAUUUUACGAGCUGGCGAUGAACAAGACAUUGAUUAUAGCAAUAUUAGCUGGCCCAUCACUGGCGGUACUCUCCCGGAUGACUUAGAAGAAUCUGUAGAAGAGGACGCGACUAAGCUUUACGAGAUUCUGUUAACUGGUCACGAAGAUGGUUCUGUUAAAUUUUGGGACUGUACUGGAGUUUUGCUUAAACCAAUUUAUAAUUUUAAAACUAGCAGCAUCUUUGGAAGUGAGUCCGACUUCCGAGAUGACGCAGCAGCAGAUAUGAGUGCUGAACAAGUCGAUGAAGGAGAACCGCCUUUUCGAAAAUCAGGACUUUUUGAUCCUUAUUCGGAUGAUCCUCGUUUAGCAGUGAAGAAAAUAGCAUUCUGUCCAAAAACCGGACAACUUAUUGUUGGUGGCACAGCGGGUCAAAUUGUUAUAGCCGACUUUAUAGACGUAUCUGAAAAAGUAUCUUUAAAAUACAGCUCAAUGAAUUUGGUCAGCGACCGUGAUGGAUUUGUGUGGAAGGGUCACGAUCAGUUAAACGUGCGAUCGAACUUAUUAGACGGAGACGCGAUUCCUACAACGGAACGUGGUGUAAAUAUAUCAGGAGUUCUGCAAGUUUUGCCGCCAGCAAGCAUUACAUGCAUGGCACUUGAAGCAAGUUGGGGCCUUGUAUCUGGUGGCACUGCGCACGGUUUAGUACUCUUUGACUUCAAAAACUUUGUUCCUGUAUUUCAUCGUUGCACAUUAAACCCGAAUGAUCUUACUGGAGCAGGAGAGCAGCUGUCCCGUCGAAAGUCUUUUAAGAAAUCAUUGAGGGAAUCAUUUAGAAAGCUUCGCAAGGGUCGAUCGACUAGGACCAACCAGAGCAAUCAGGUACCAACAACGCUGGAAGCUCGACCCGUCGAGAGACAAAUAGAGGCACGUUGUGCAGAUGACGGGCUGGGAUCCAUGGUGCGAUGUUUACUAUUUGCCAAAACUUAUGUUACUAACGUCAACAUAACGUCGCCAACUUUGUGGUCAGCAACAAAUGCCAGUACCGUCUCGGUUUUUCUUUUGCAUUUGCCACCAGCGCAGACCGCUGCAACUGCCGUCCCGUCGGCAAGUGGCAAUGCACCACCACAGAUGCCGCGCCGCGUUUCCGCGCAGCUUGCUAAAGAAAUUCAAUUAAAACAUCGUGCUCCUGUGGUGGGUAUUUCUAUUUUUGAUCAGGCGGGUAGCCCUGUCGAUCAGUUGAACACCGGGGAAAACGGAAGUCCACCGCAUCGAGUGAUUAUUGCUUCCGAGGAACAGUUCAAAGUGUUUUCACUUCCGCAACUAAAGCCAAUAAACAAAUAUAAGCUAACCGCUAACGAGGGUGCUCGAAUUCGACGCAUCCAUUUCGGUUCGUUUAGUUGUCGCAUCUCGCCGGAGAUACUCCAGAGUAUGCACGGUGGUAGCCCAACUAAGUCUACGCGCUCAUAUGGCGAUGGAGAGGCGGCUGCUAAUAUCAGUGGAAGCUUGGCUGCUGGCCGUGGAGAUGUGUAUAACGAAACUGCAUUAAUAUGUUUAACGAAUAUGGGCGAUAUCAUGGUUUUAUCAGUACCUGAAUUAAAAAGACAGCUGAAUGCCGCAGCAGUGCGACGGGAAGACAUUAAUGGAAUUUCGUCGCUUUGCUUUACAAACUCAGGAGAAGCACUGUAUAUGAUGUCUUCUUCCGAACUGCAGCGUAUUGCUUUAGGCACGUCCACAGUCGUGCAACCAACUGGAAUUGUUCAAGUAGAACCAUUAGAGAAUGAAGAGUCUGUGCUAGAAGAAAAUGAUGUAGAUAAUGAUAAGGAAACAUAUGCAAGUGAUGAAGUGGUGAAUGCACCUGAACUUAAAGAUCCACCAGUCAUUUCCACAUCCACAAGGCCUGCAGAUGAAAAUGUUGAUAGAAAUAGUCUUCAGCAAAUUAAUGGAGUCUACAUUUCCAAUUCACCUAAUCAAGCUAACGAAACUAUCACCAGCUCUAUUGGCGAUAUUACCGUUGACUCGGUGCGCGACCAUUUAAAUCUUACGACAACCACGUUGUGUUCUAUUAAUACAGAGGAAACAAUUGGUCGCCUAUCUGUGCUUAGCACGCAAACCAACAAAGCCACUACUACCGUGAACAUGAGCGAUAUUCCAAAUAUAAAUAUUUCUAAUUUAGAGGACUUGGAAUCGAAAAGAAACACGACGGAGACGAGUACUAGUUCUGUAGUAAUUAAAUCUAUAAUUACAAACAUAUCUCACGAAAAAACGAACGGAGACAGCAAAAUAGGAACGCCAAAAACAGCGCCUGAAGAAAGCCAAUUUUAAUAAUUAAAAUUAAAUGCGAUUUUAAGAUACCAAUAGAAAUGACAAUGAUAAUAUAAAAAAUUUAUUUAUAAUUUGGCUUAAGCGAUUAUGUUUGAGAAUACUGUUCCAAAUCCAUAUACUUUAUUUAUAAUUUUACGUUGACCGCGACUGUUAUGUUAUAGUAAUGUUUCAUGUAUUUUCACGCAGUGAGUUUAUACCCGUUACCCGUAGAGUAAAACGAAAUAUUAUAUAUUUUUAGAGUGGUAAAAGAGAUAAAAAUGAGCAUUUGCGGCCAUUUGUAAAAUAUUAAAACGCAGCCUGGUUCUUUUUGUUCGUAUGAACACUCAAAUAACAAAAAAUGGUCACGUAGGCAUUUGAUAAAUUUUAUAUUUAAAUUUCCUUUCUUGUGGAUUAAAAGGUCAUAUGCGACAUUAUAUGCGACAAAUUUGGUGGUAAAGGGAUAGCAAUGGCCUAGCGUGCCUUUUAGUUCUGUUGGUCCGUAUGAACGUUCAAAUACCAUCAAAAAUUAUCAUACCCACAUUUUUUAAACCUAAUAUUUAAAUGUCCUUUAUUUUGGGUUAACUAUAAUGUGUAACAAAAUAAUGCCCUUUUUAAAAUUACAUUGAUUAGACCCAAACAAUUUACCUGAUUACGAUGCGCAAAUGAAGAGUACAAAAAAUGGCCUGAAGCAAGGAUGCAGAGAAGAAAGACCCUUAAGUUCAAAUUAAUUUCUUCGAUUGAAUUCUUAAUAAGAAAACUACAUAAGACUGGAAACUCGCAUUCCGCUACACUUAAGCUUUCAAACGCGCAUUUCUAAUAAAUUUUAUGAUUUUUUGUAACAAAUAUAUAUAAAAAAGAAAAAUACAAACUUUUAAGCACGAUAUUAUAUGUGCAUGUACUCCCUUUUUAAGUAUGUAUGUACACGUGAGAUACAAAUACAUUCUUUGGCUAAUAUCUCCGUAAAAUGGCCGAAAAUUAAAAGGAAACGCGCAAUGGAAAACGAUGGAUUUAUUCGUGUUCAUAUUUAGUAUCUUUCCAUCGUAAAAUACUACAUUUUGUUGGUCUCAUCAAUGUAAUUUUUUCAAGCUAUACAGUGCAAUUUACAAAAAAGAAUGAUGAUUUUUUUGAGUUUUAGAAAAAUUGCAAAUGUGUCACUGUGAAGUAGGUUAAUGUGCCUUCACGUACUUAGGUAAUGUAAUUUAAAUUUAUCUCACAUCAACAUAGAAAGUUGUUUGCGGAUUAGCGGGUAUUUCUUAGUCGAGCGACUCGACUAUACCGUUCCGUCUUGUAUAUUGUGAGACCAAUUGGACUACAAACCAUUGUUUUCUUUAUUUCAAAACCAAUUUGAUUUUAUGGUGUAUUAUUUCUUAUUAAAGUAAUUUAAGUUUGCAUUACCUAUAACUAAAUUUACGAAUACUUGGUAAGUUCUUAACAUAUUUAUUUACAUUACAACAUUUUCCAUGUAAAAAUUCCAAAACAAAUCCUUUUCCCUUUUGUAAAUUGUUAUUAUGUAUGUAUAUGAGUUUGAAUAUGUACACCCCAGAUAAAAAUUACCUAAGUUGGUGUAAAAUGGUA